UACAAUGUUUCCCGCCACGGCCGCUCACCCCCCGCCUCCCGUCCGCCCCCCCACCUCGGGCACUGGGCGCGCCCCGCGGCGUCACCCGCCGGCAGGGGGCGUGGCCGCGCGCCCGCGUGGCGCUCGGGGGGCGGGUGACGUCAUCGGUGGUGCCGCGGAUGCAGCGUGGCUGCACGCUGCGAGGUGAGGGGCGGGGCCGGAGCCAGGGGGGAUCCCGGGUCAGGCAGGGGAUCCAGGGACAGGCACGGGAUCACGAGGCACCGGGACCAGGGGAGCCGGGUGCUCUCCGGCGACUGGACCAUCACUACGGUUAUCCCUGUCACCACCGUCAGCCCUAUCACCACUGUCAGCCCCAUCACCACCGAUAUCCCCAUCACCACCGAUGUCACCACGGUUAUCCUCAUCACCACGGUUAUCCCCAACAUCACCGAUAUCCCCAUCACCAUGGUUAUCCCCAUCACCACCAAUGUCACCACCAAUAUCCCCAUCAUCCUGGCUAUCCCCAUACCACCCUUAUCCCCAUCAUCACUGCACAACUGUCAUCACUGUCACCAUCACUCUCCCCUCUCAUCGUCCCAGCUGCCCUGCCCAGUCGCCACAGUGUUGCUGCACACCCCAGCUUGUGGUCUGCGCAAGCUCUCCUGGUAUCCCUCAGGUGGUGCCCCCCUGCCUGCUUUUGUCACCCAUCCCUCCGGUUCCCCUUCCCUCCCUGCCUGCCCAGUCCCUGCUCCCUGUGCCCAGCACCCUCAGUGUCAGUGGAGUCCGUGGCAUUGCUGCCAGCUCCUUCCACUUCCUUGCCCUGUCCCACUUUCCACCCAUGAGGCUGUGCUCACACGCUCCGCUUCCUACUCCCAGGCAGGUGGCACGGCAGCUCUGUGCUAUGUCUGACCCAGCCUCCUCUUUUUUGGGUGGGGGUUUGGGGUUAUUUUGGUUAUUUUCAGGCUGUAGCAUCUGCCACAGAGAAGAGGUUAACCCAUCAAAAGGUUAACAGUGCUGAUGGGGAUGAGUGAGGCAUGUGCUUUAGUCCAGGAGUCGCUGGCUGGUACCCACCCCACCAGGCAAACCGUGAGAACCCUACAAGGCCGCAUCUUCUCAGGGACCAAGGAGUCUGGGCCAUGUCUUAUCAAGCGAUAAUAGCGCCAGCCAGGGCUGGGACCAGACAAAAUUAAACUCCUGCUGUUGCCAUACUUGCACAAAUGCCAAGGCUACAAGUCCAUUGCUUCAUGCUAUAAAAGCCUGCCGCCUCCCUGAGCCCACUGCUCUGCCGUGCAGCAGCAGGCCACAAGGCAGCAACCUAAAGCAGGGACAUUUCUCCGUGUUGCUUCUUGGGCUGAGACCCUUUUCCCAGCAUCUGAUACCUAUAGCGAGAGCCCCGGCAGCUGUUGCCACUGUGCGGGAAGACUGUCUAUAGGAGCUGAGGGACAUCUUGAAGGAGUGCUGGUGUUUUCCCUGCUGCCUGUACCCACUUCGGGAGUCCUGCUCAGAUGUCAUGCUCGGAUGAACUGGCAGAUGAGGACCUGCUUGACUUCAUCCUGAGGGAUGAUGUUCCCUGCUCUAAAAUCCCAGUGGAGGAGAGCGGUCUGCUGGAAGACUGCAACUUACAAGACCUUGAGCUCUGGGACAAGGAAUUGGAUAACCUCAUCAGCUCCGUGUUGAGCCCCACUGAAGACAAAGCAGGCACACUGCAGGGUUGUUAUCCUGCUGACAGUGACAGUGGCAUUUCUGAGUAUCACCAUGUGUCCCAUAGCCCUGGCAGCAGCUCUAGCAGCAGCCUUUGGAGCACAGACAUUGUGCAGGUUGAUCACAACUAUUCCCUGCAUGAGGACUGUCCUGGCCUGCAAAGUGUGAGGCCUGACAUGGCACAAAAAGAUCUUUCCAUGGACUUUGGGACAUGGAUGUGUUUGGAAGGCACAAGCAAAGCACUGGAACAGACCUCCAGUUUCCCCACAGCUGUUGAUGUGGACAAGGGACCCCAAUUUUUUUCUGAAGCCAUCAUGCAGUCAUCUCUGCAGGUGGGCCUGGCAGAGGAGGAGAGGCAGCUCCUGGAGAAAGAAGGUGUUGCAUUACCAAGCUGUUUGCCAUUGACCAGAGCUGAAGAACAGCUUCUGAAAAAAGUGCAUAGUAGGAUCCGGAAGAAGCAGUCAGCCCAGAAUAGUCGUUGCAGGAGGAGGAUGUACGUGGAUGGCCUGGAAUACAGAGGGGCAGCCUGUACAGCUCAGAACCACAGGCUGGCAAAGAAGGUGCAGCUGCUCACAAAGCAGAACAUGUUGUUGCUCAAGCGGUUACAGGAACUGCAGGCCUUGGUCAGAAAGUCCACCACCAAAACUAUGACAAGGAGAGCCUACACUAUGGUCGUGGUUUUGUCUUUCUGCUCCAUUCUCACGCCCCGGUCAGAGCCAGAGGAGCUCAGAGUGCUAUCACAGCAGAUCCGUGAGUUCUCAGGCCAGUUAGCACCUCAUUUGCAGGAGGACUCUGUGGUGAAGGUUUUCAACCCAGAGCCUGAGGACCCCUUCAUGUCUGGAAGCCACAAUAUGUCACAGGAGGAAGGGCAGAGUCCACCCAACCCUGAUGCUGGAUUUUCUUUCUACAGCCGCUCAUCUUCUGACCCUCUGGCGACAAUGGGCUCCGAGCUGAGCCCUCCCCAGCCGCAGGUGCAGUGCUCCCAGAGCAACUACUUGCAGGUAGCAGAAGUUUGGAAAGCCAAGGGGCAGGAGCAGGUGCAACACACUGCCGGUGUUGUCAUCCAGCAGCACUGUGCCGAUGACAUGUAACCAUCUCUGCCUCCUGCCUCUUGGGGUGAUGCAUCGUGCCAGGCAGGGACAAACAGAGCUGCAUUAAUAGAUAAUCUAUCAAAGACAAUACUUCUGAAUACUCUCCUGGUUGCUGGCUGCUCAGAGGGCUUACUAGGGUUGUUUUAAGGCUGACCUGUUCUGACGUUCUGCUCUGUGUAUCUAUAGCAAGACUCUGUCUGAGAUGGGAUAGGAACUUUGCUACCGUUGCUGAUGUGGCUUGCAGCCCAGGGUACGUCCUGUGGCUCGUGGGAAAGAGCUGUGACAUGGAGGAGGAAGGAGGCUGGGCCUGAGGUGCCCAUGCUUUAGCUGAUGGGAUGAAGUCAGUGAUGAAGGCCACUGCCUUGCUUAUCCCCUGCCCAGAUGGAGGUGAACAAACUGGGUUCUGCACUUUUUAACUGUGUCCCUCGUGCACCCUUAACCCCACAGCGGUGCCUGAAUUCUAGGUGUGAGAAAGCGAGCUGACCUUCACUACCCUUGUGACGAGUGGUCCUGCCAUUGCGACAGGCCCUGUGUCUCAACUGCUCCUGCUCACUUUUUGAGCCACGGGCACAGCUCCUGGCCUGUCUAGAGGAGGUGAUGUGAAGCCUUUCCCAAGCCAGGUGUGCUGUUUCCCUUCUGUAGGGGCUGAGCCUUUUGUCUACCACAGCCCUGGGAGUGGGGCUUCUGGGCCUUCUGGGAAAGGCAUUCCUUGAACUGGACUGCUGAGGUGGAGUGGAGCAGAGUAGCGGAGCUGCUUGCUCUUCUGAGGGCUUUUUUUGGCCACAGGAUGGUUUCAAACUUGUGUCCUCAUGUCCCCGACCUUUGCUGUGCUGGUCAGUGAUGCAGUCCACUAGCUCUGGUUUCUCCCCAGGGCUGAGCAGAAACACUUAGAGUUGGCGAGCAAUGUUUUCUUCUGGAGUGCAACUUAGUGGUACCUUUUGAGCACCUCUCCUCAUCCUAUUUCUGGACAUUUCAUAGAAUCACAUAGAAUAGGUUGUAAGGGACCUUUAAAGGUCACCUAGUCCAAGCUCCUGGCAACAAGCAGGGACAUCUUCAACUAGAUCUGGUUAAUAAUUUCCUUACUAAUAACAAGUAAAUAAAUACUAACACAUGAUCAUGCUAUCUC